GUCCUAUUGUACUUGUCCUGCUUUGCCGAAGUAUCAGGGACGUACUUCGCGAUUCUCCUGCGCUUCGACACUAUUACCUCCUACAUGCUCAACUCGAACUUGGCUAAGCCCCUGCGUGUGGGUCUUAUUGGCGCUGGCCGCAUCGGUAAAGUGCACGCGCGAAGUCUACAGCGCGCUGGCGCCGUCAUCGUCGUGGUGUGUAUACAUUAGUGGUGUCUGAUUAAUGGUGGCUCACUUCGGCGACUACGCACAGAUCGCUGACCCCGUGGGCAACGUGGCGGAGACUGUGGCUGCACAGUUCGGCAUCGAGCACUGGACCAAGAACGCGUCCGACGUCUUCACCACCGAUAUUGACGCCGUCGUCAUCUGCUCCCCGACGGCCCUGCACGCUGAGCACAUUAUUGAGGCAGCACAGCACAAGAAGCAUAUUUUCUGCGAGAAACCCGUCGAUUUCAGCGUCGACGUCGUCAACAAGGCCAUCAAGGCGGCGGACGACGCUGGCGUGAAGCUCAUGAUCGGAUUCAAUCGUCGCUUCGAUGCUAACUUUGCCCGCAUCAAGCAGGCCAUUGACCGCGAUGAAAUCGGCAAGGUUAAUAUGCUGCGUAUUACUAGCCGCGACCCUGGUGCUCCGCCAAUUGAGUACGUUAAGGUGUCGGGCGGGCUCUUCUGUGAUAUGACAAUCCAUGACUUCGAUAUGGCGCGCUUCUUGAUCGGCGAUGAGGUGGAGGAGGUCUACGCUAUGGCGCAGAGUAUCAACCCGGACAUUGCAGCAGCGGGCGACAUCGACACGGCCGUGGUGCUACUCAAGUUCCGCAACGGUGUGAUCUGCUACAUUGAGAACAGUCGCGAGGCAGCGUAUGGUUACGACCAGCGGGUGGAGGUGCUUGGAUCCAAGGGAUCGGUGGCUUGUGACAACAAGCACUCGAAUCAAGUCGUGGUGUCUACGAGCGAGAGUGUGCGUCGUGACUUGCCGCUGCAUUUCUUCUUGGAACGCUACAUGGACGCUUAUGUUGCGGAGAUGGAAGCAUUCAUCCGUGUAUGCACCACGGGUGCAGCAGUUCCUGUGGGUGGCGACGCUGGUCGUGAGGCUCUGUUGCUGGCUCUUGCUGCGAACAAGUCUCUGGCUGAGAACCGCCCUGUAAAGGUCGACGAGCUGCGGUAGCUUGCCUAAUAAUGGCUUCCGUUUACGCUGAUCGACUGCCUAGAUGCUAGGUUGCUUCCUUUUUGUGUUGUAGAAACGAUCUGGAUAUGAUCAUAAACUCAAUCGAAACAAAAAACAACUAGAGAGCAGACACGAUUCAUUUCUUGUGUCAUCCAUCUGUAGUCACACUACAGUGGGUCUCUCCGUUUUUGAAGUUGGUCC